CCAAAAAUGGUUCUUCCCAUGGCUCCUCCUCCUUCUCUGACUCCAUUAUUGUCAUCUUCAACAUCAACAAGUACCAGUAGCAGUGAGGCAGAGGAUAGCCCACCAGCAUCAGGUCGUUUUGAGCUUCAAGAUGUUAGUAAGUUUCACUUUCCCUGCAAAUCUUUAUCUGGGUUUCAAUCGUACCGAUCCCUGGCGGUGCUUUCCGGUCACUCGGGGUCGGUUUCCUGCUUGGCCUUAUGUGGGGAAUUCAUUUUGAGUGCAUCACAAGGGAAGGACAUUAUAGUGUGGCAGCAGCCUGAUUUGAGGAUGUUCACCAAGUUUGGACAGGGAGACGGCUCUGUGAAGGCCCUGGUGACUGUGGGAAACAGGGUCUUUACAGCACACCAAGAUAGCAGGAUUAGAGUAUGGAAGGUAUCGAGAAGGUCAGAGAAUGUGUUUAGGCUUGUUGACACACUACCCACUACAAAGGACUACUUGGGGAAGUUCAUGAUACAGAGCAAUUAUGUGCAAACCAGAAGGCAUCAUAAGAAAUUAUGGAUCGAACACGCGGAUAGUAUUUCUUGUUUGACAGUCUACAAUGGAUUGAUCUAUUCAGGUUCAUGGGAUAAGACCCUGAAAGUCUGGAGGAUAUCGGAUUUGAAGUGUUUGGAAUCAAUUAAGGCUCAUGAUGAUGCUAUCAAUGGUCUGAUGGCAAGCAGGGGAGUAGUCUAUUCAGCGUCUGCUGAUGGAAAGAUUAAGGCCUGGAGGAAAGAAGGGAAGACAAAUCAUUCAUUGAAGGGAAUUUUGGAGGGGCAUAAGGAUGUUUCUAUGAAUUCAGUGACUGUAUCUGAGGAUGGGAGGUGGGUGUAUGGAGGGGGUUCAGACGGGUUUGUGAUGGGGUGGGAGGGGAAUGGGAAUUUUGUGAGCUGGAAAUUGGUGUCUGAGACAAAAGCACAUCAGAUGGCUGUUCUGUCUAUGUGUCUGAUGGGGGAGUUUCUUUGCAGUGGCUCGGCCGAUAAGAGCAUUGGUAUAUGGAAGAGAGAGGCUCAUGGAAAACUCAGCAAAGUUGGGGUCAUAAGAGGCCAUGAAGGUCCAGUCAAGUGCUUGCAGGCAUCACCUAGCUAUGUUGGUGGGGGAUUCUUGCUCUACAGUGGAGGCCUUGAUAGAAGCUUGAGAGUUUGGUGGGUGCCCAAGAACUCUGGAAAAGCAGAUGACAUCUCCACAACACAAAGCUUAAAUCAGAAGUCCAUUGUGUUGACUUAGGAAGAUCUUGAAGAUUGAAACUUACUAAUGAAGGACUGCUUCCUUUUUUAAUUUCUUGCAGUGCCUUCGUUUGUGUGAACAUAAAGUCAGGUUUUCAGGUUUUGGUUUUCUUAGAUACUAUAGAGUUGUGUGAUCCAUUUUUUCUUUCCUUCCCCCCUUUUUUUCCACUGUUUCAUUGUGUUAUACAGUUUUUAGUUCCAUUAUUGUCAACUGUAACUAGAGGUUUGAGGGAUUCAAGAAAUGAAACAAUUCAUG